AUGUCCGGUAUCGACUCCCCCGACGUCCUAGCAGCAUACGACGCAGUACGCUCGGACAAGGACGCGACGAACUGGCUGCUACUCUCGUAUGCGAGUGCCGUAGGCGACAAGUUGGUACUCUCGGGAACCGGCAGCGGGGGACUAUCGGAGGUGGUAUCGAAGCUAGACGACUCCCAAGUCAAUUACGCGUACGUGCGAGUCGAAUACAACAACGAUUCGGAGAGCAAGCGUGUCAAGUUCAUACUCAUCGUAUGGAUCGGAGAAAGCGUCAAGGUGAUGCGUAAAGCCCGCGUAUCCAUAGAGAGUUCAAACGUGAAGAAGGUGUUGUCGCAUCACUCUAUAACAGUCGACGCCCGUGAUCGAGGUGACCUUGACGAGAAGGAUAUCGUGACUAGGCUACGGAGAGCUGGAGGUGCUGAUUACAACGGCGGAAGAGGCUAA